AUGACAAGCGGAGCAUUAUUAUUCAAAUUAGUUGAAAUACAAUUUAGGAAAAUCUAUGGGGUUGGUAAUCAUAAUACGAGCGAAAAUUCAAUCAGCGUCGUAAUUAUACUACAAACACAAUCAUUAUCAUCUAUGGCAUCUACAAUCAAUGUUAAAGAACUUGUUGAACAAAUGAAAUAUCUUCUUCAAGAUUUAAAAUCAUGCCCGGUAACAGAUAAAUUGAUUACCAAUGAAGAAAAUAUUACAAGAUUCCUUAAAGCACGUAGUUGGGACUUACAAUCUGCAGGAAAAAUGAUGCGUAAAGAUGUACAAUGGCGCCAAGAAUUUCGACCAGAUUUAACAGACUGUAAAAAUUGUCACAAUCAACCAGGAACUCAUAGUUUAAGACAGAUAGGAUUUGAUGAAGCUGGGCGUCCAAUUAUAUAUGCAUCAUUUUGUCAAGCUAUUUCAAAUAGAAACAUGUCAAAUGACGCAGUAACUCAUCUAAUAUAUACAAUUGAAAAUGCAAUCAAAAGUAUGAAGUCUGGUGUUACACAAUGGGUUUUUGUAAUUGAUUGCACUGUUAAACUCGGACCAUAA